UUCUCUCCUUUAAAUACCACCCGCAUUUCCCUCUUCCCCUUUCAUUUCCAUUCACACCAAAAAAUCAGAAACAAACACAAAACAAAAUCACAAACACAAACCACACUUUGAAAUUUGAAUCCUAGGAAUUAAGAACAAGAAGAACCAUAAAUCAACGUUUACAUUGCAAACUUCCAACAUGUCUUGCUCCGUCGCUGUUUCCAGUUCCCCUGUAUUCCCUCUCUCUACUAACCGCUUCUACAGAAAAACCUCCAUCAUCUCUUCCACCUCCGCGCCGGAACCCCUCAUGCUCUCGCUUCCGAUUCUCGAGCCACCUUCUCCGACGCCGUGUUGCUCUUCACCCUCUUCGCCGUUGUUGAAGAAGAAGAGACCGGCCAAGCUUGACAUACCGAUUGGUUCUCUCACCUUCGGCGUACCGGCGGCGGCGGCGGUGUCGCCGGCGACGAGGGAUGUCGUCGAGGUUGAGGGAAUUGGGUUUUCUGUUUACUGUAAGAGAGGAAUGAGGCGGCAUAUGGAGGAUCGUUUCUCUGCUGCUGUUGAUCUUCAGGGAGAACCAACUCAGGCUUUCUUUGGCAUAUUUGAUGGGCAUGGAGGUGCAAAAGCUUCGGAAUUCGCAGCACAUAACUUGGAAAAGAAUAUCUUGGAUGAAGUGAUUAGGAGAGAUGAGAAUGAUGUUGAGGAGGCUGUGAAGCAAGGUUACCUCAGCACAGAUUCUGAUUUCUUGAAAGAGGAUCUUCGUGGUGGCUCUUGCUGUGUAACAGCAUUGAUCAGGAAUGGUAACCUUGUCGUGUCCAAUGCCGGCGAUUGUCGCGCUGUCAUUAGCAGAGGAGGUGUUGCGGAGGCCCUAACAUCUGACCACCGACCUUCAAGGGAAGAUGAAAAGGACAGGAUUGAGACUCAGGGUGGCUAUGUGGAUUUAUGCCGCGGUGUUUGGAGAAUCCAAGGAUCACUUGCUGUUUCUAGAGGAAUAGGAGAUGGACACCUGAAACAAUGGGUGAUAGCAGAACCUGAGACCAGAGUUCUAAGAAUUGAACCUCAACAUGACUUUUUAAUCUUAGCUUCAGAUGGAUUAUGGGAAAAGGUUAGUAAUCAGGAAGCAUUAGAUGUUGCUCGUUCUUUUUGUGUAGGGAGCAAUAGACAACAAUCAUUGCUGGCUUGUAAGAAGCUCGUAGAUUUGUCUGUAUCACGAGGAUCUAUCGAUGAUAUUAGUGUUAUGAUUAUCAGAUUGCAGAACUAUGUUUAAAGUCUCACUGUUACAAGGGAAGAAAGGAUGGGAGGGUAAGGGGCCUCCACUCUUCUGAUGUGAUACAACUAUCCUCCACAUGAGACAAUUUGCUCGAGCUCUAAAUACUCACAGUCUGGGGCAAGAGGUCUACAUUUCAAUUCUUCAUUCUUUACCUUCAGCGCUAGAGUCAGAAGAUGAUGAAUGUGAUUAUGGCUAAAGGAAAGAAAGCUGGUACUCUGAGAUAAGAGUACCUAAGUUUUAAUCUGUAUAUAUCCGACGAGUACCAACAUAUGUUGAAAUUUUUUUGCUUGUAGCUUAGGGGAGAAUAGGAGAAAUUAGCAUUAACAAUGAUGAUGUAACUAGCAAUUUUUAGUACAAAGGAGCAAAAGAUAAGGAGGUUCACCUAAUAUUCACAA